AUGCCCACCACUUCCUUCGUUCUCGACUCGCCCAUCCCUCCCCAACUUGAUCUUGCUGGUGCUCCCUCGCAGCUCUUCCUGCCGCCGAAUCCCUCCGCCUCGUCGGCCCUUUUUCGCUCCAUCGCCAUCCCCAGCCGCAAGAGAGUGCGGGGAGUGGAGUCCGGACAUCGCUCGUGGCUCGAUUCUCCAUCCAGUCCCACCUCGUUCGCUGUCGCCGAUGAUCGUCUCGCCGGAGUAGACGACGUCUCCGCCGAGCAUGACUACCGACCCAGUCGCUAUCGAGACCCGCCGCUGAACCUCCCCCUGGAUUCCAGCGUUGAGUCGCUCAGCGAUGCAUCCGGGGCUCGUCGCAAGCGCAGCCGUCGAGAUCCGUCAUCGGUAGUGGCACCAUCCCCGUCGGGACCGGAGGAUGAGAAAAUCACUCAGGACGACGACUACUAUCCUCAAACCGCCCCCGUGCGCUGGAGCCGCGCGGUUUUGGACGUGGUAGGAAAGGUCUGGGACUUUUGCUGGUCGGGAGCCUUCCGCGGGUUCUACGCCGGUGGUGGUCGUGGGUAUUCGAUGACGGCUGGUGAUCCGUCGGUAUCGCUGGGCCCUGACGACCACUCGUGGCAGCCAACGACGGAAAAACAUGAUCUGUCCUCCCCAUCUGCCGGGACUCAUAGUUGGAGUGAGUCGACUCUUUCGGGCGAUCACAUCGAUGACGACCUGCAUCACAACUGGGUUGUGGUGGGCCACGAUGAGUUCGGCUAUGAGGCAAGUCCAUCGGCCCGGAGGCGAGUCCACCGUAGGACGUCCUCGUAUGGCCAUUUGCGUCGACGACAGCCGGUGAAGCGGACCUUCGUGUCGCAACCAGCGUCGAUAACGACCAAGUCGCACUUCUCCGCGCCGGCGAAGCCGCGUGAGACCCCUGUGUCGGUGGAGACGCAGCGUUACAUGGCCCAGAAGCGUCGCAUGGAGCGCGAGGAAGAUGCGAGCCUGGCCCGCUUGAAUCGACAGCUGCAGGCCAUGAUCAAGGAAGGGCAACAGGCGUUGGGAACCAGAGUGGAAGUGGACGACUUCUUGGAGGAUUAG